CGCGCCUUUUUCGCUACCCGGCAUCUGCACAGCAAUUCGACGUAGGCAUAGCUUUGAGCAACUUGUUUCUACUGUGUUUUCUUGUUAAAUUCAAUAGGCGUGAUACUGUGAACUAAACACACAUUCCAACGGACGACACACAUUAUUACCAUCAAAGUAACAAACAUUUAAUCGUACUUGGAGGUGAACGAAACGCUGACCACCACGAAAUCACUUUUCGUUUUGACAUCCGGUGUUGAUUAAGGUUGAACUUGUAGAAACAAGAGAUAGCUAAAGUUUAGUAACAAGUGCGCCAAAACAAAUGGAAGAUAAGCCGAAAAAACGUGGACGUCAACCGAAGGCUGUAAAGGAAUCGAUUGCGGCAAUUCCGAUCGAGCAGGAACCCGAUCAAAUGCCAGUGGAGGAACCGUUACAAGUAAAAGGUGGCAAACGGAAGGUGAAUUUUUUCGGAACUGUGGCUACGGAAAGGCCGCAACGAAAGGUGACAGGAAAGAAAUCUAAAGAGACGGUAUCGGAGCAAAGCAAUGGGUUGGAAGCUGGUCAACCCGUUGAGCUAUUGGCAAAAAGCAACGGUCCGGUGAAGAAGAGUCGAUCGACAAAAAAGAAUGUGGCUGUGGAUCAAUCUAAUGGGGUGGAAUCUGAAGAACGUAACGCAAAUCCUACAUCAUCGGAGGAAAGCAAUUUGCUGUUGGAACAAGUUCCCGUAGUUGAAAAAAACGGACCGGUAAAGAAGGGUCGUGGAGCGACAAAGAAGGAUACGGUUGUGGAACUACCCGAGCAAGCCACCACACCGGUUAAAGAACAAAAAGCCAAAGGCAGGAAAACUGUUGCCAAGGAUACGAAAAAGGUUAAUGGGGUAAGCGCGAAGGCGGAGCCAGAAAAACUGGAAAUGGCAAUUGAAUCUCCACUGCCUACUAAACGUGGAAAAGCAAAAACCGUCUCCACGAAGGCAGCUGAACCCAAAGAACCUGAAGACUCAGUCAGUCCACCAAAGCCAAAGGGACGAGGUAAAGGAAAAGAUGGUGAAGCUGCAGCCAAGAGAAAGAAGGAGGAAGCAAAAUCUCAACCCAAUGUCGAACCUGCUGUGAGUGCUAAGCCGAACGCUAGAGGCAAGAAGAAGGCUACUGCUGUUGAGAAUAUUACUCCAGAAGUGGCAUCUGCACCUGAAUCACCAGCAAAAACCGUAGAACUCCCCAAGCGGGGCAGAACUCGUAAGGCGGUCGUUAUGAGCGAGGCCGAUGGAGAAUCUGAAACUGAUACCAGCAAAACUAAGAGAAAAGCUUCCACUGAAAUAACCAAUGCAGACAUUCCGACCAUAACGCAACGGAAGCGGGCCAAACCAUCAGUAGACUAUGCAGAGGAAGAAACGGUACCAGCAAAAGAAUCAAAGAAAGCGAAGGUGACCGCACCGAAAAUGAACAAAUGUGCCACCGAUUACGGGGCCAUCAACUUUGCGCUUGAGGAAGCUAAACCAUGGACACUGAAAAUAUCCAGCUGGAAUGUGGCAGGACUGCGCGGUUGGGUUGGCAAGGGUGGGCUUGAGUAUAUUGACCACGAGCAGCCGGAUAUACUGUGCGUGCAGGAAACGAAAUGUACCGAAGAUCAACUUCCGGACGAAGCGCGUCACAUCAAGGGCUACCAUCCGUACUGGUUGUGCAAGCCGGGUGGAUACGCUGGCGUAGCCAUCUAUUCGAAAAAGAUGCCCAUCCACGUGGUGUACGGUUUGGGCGAUGAGGAGCAAGAUCAGGAUGGUCGACUACUAACGGCCGAGUACGAGAAGUUCUAUCUCGUGUGCGUGUACGUACCGAAUGCAGGGAAAAAACUGGUCACACUACCGAAACGGAUGCGGUGGGAUGAAAAGUUUCAUCAGUAUUUGAGGGACCUUGACUCCAAGAAACCGGUUAUACUGUGUGGCGAUAUGAAUGUCGCGCACGAAGAGAUUGAUCUGGCAAAUCCCAAAACCAACCGCAAAAAUGCUGGCUUCACACAGGAGGAGCGUGACGGGAUGAGCAAUCUGCUGUCGUUCGGUUUUGUCGAUACGUUCCGAAAGCUGUACCCCGACCAGAAGGGUGCGUACACGUUCUGGACAUAUAUGGGGGGAGCGAGGGCGAAAAAUGUAGGCUGGCGACUGGACUAUUUCAUCACAUCCGAGCGGCUGGUGGACAAGGUGACGGAUAAUGUUAUCCGGACGCAGGUGUACGGUAGCGAUCACUGUCCCGUGACGUUGUUUUUAAACAUUUAAUGUAUUAGCAUUGGUGUGUUUAGUUUCACUUCGAAAUUUCCUGCGUUCAAUAGUUUUUGUACUUUCGGAUUGGACGUUAAUGCUGAUUGUCCUCGUAGACUCGUGUUGGUCUACCUUUGCCGUUUGGAGCACUUAUCUGUUUUAUGUUACUGUAAUUCUUUUUGAAAGUAUCCAUUUUAACCCAUCAGUAUCCACUACUG